AUGUAUGCAGACUAUGAUCCACCCAGUAUUGAACUUGCCAAUGUGAAAUUCGUUGAGGUUAUCAAAGAGACAGACAGUUUGUAUCUGUGCCGAACCCGCUGGCAAGGCAAAGACUGCGUGCUCAAAGUGUUUUCUCCUUAUAAAUGGGACAGGCCCGAGGAUUUUGCGAACGCGCAUCUGUAUCUGAUUUCUAUGGGGGUGGUUGAGAAUAUUGACCCCGAGGCGGAGGGCUGGCAACCCCAGCUCAAGGAAUUCCAUGACAAAACUUUUCCUCAGUGCCUUGAUCCCAAGGCUCGUCCAAACGGUGUCCUGAUGGAAUACAUUCCUGAUCUGAAAAUGUUUGACCUCUCUAACUACACAGAGCAAAGAGCUCGCAGUCUCCACCGGCUCCUAAACGAUAUUCAUGACGCUGGGAUUGUACACCUUGAUAUCUAUCCCCGAAACAUGCUGAUUCAGGGUGAUUCUGAUCGGGUACUCUUGAUCGACUAUGAACUUGCCCAGAUAUUUGACCCCGAGCACUCAGAGCACCCCAGAUUCUUUGCCCGGGAAAGAGCAUUGAUGGAUGGCUUUGUGGAAGCGCUGGUAACUUUGUCCGUCCCAGUUUGA